AUGGUCAUUUCAUAUCUAUCUAUCUAUCUAUCUAUCUAUCUAUCUAUCUAUCUACACACACACACAAACACACAUAUAUGUAAAGUUUUCUUUCCAUUCAAUCUCUCUCUUUCUCUCUAUCUAUCUAUCUAUCUAUCUAUCUAUCUAUCUAUCUUUUCUCAUUCCCAUGUUCCUCGCAGAUGUUCUUUUCCUUUCUCUUACAUUUCGUCACACAUUCUUAAUUCUGUUUCAAAUUAUUUAUACCCCCUCCCAUUUCUUGCAGUAAUUUUCUCCGCAUUUCUUUCCACUAUUUAUCUCUUCCCAUCAUACUUGCCAAACCUCAACUCACAUUUUCUAAUUUUAUUCAAAAUUUCCUUUUCUGUUUUCUUCAGAUUCUAUAUCCUUUUAACACGGCGUCUACAAACCGGAUCUCUAUUCUUCCACUUUUCUUUUCGUUCUCUUUUUUUAUUCUUUAAAUUAAAGUCAUUUCCUGCGAUGUCCUUUCCUAAUUUUCUCUCUUACUCUCACCGACAUGUCUUCGUUUCGAUUUCACUGUCUCGUCCAGUUGAGAUCGGGUGUGAGUUUGCGUCCCAAAGGUAUUUCCAAUCUAUCUAUCUAUCUAUCUAUCUAUCUAUCUCGUUGGCUAGCCAGAUAGUUCACUUGAUAUCUGUAUACAGCCCAUUUUUUUUUAAUAUGGGCUAA